AUGAAAAAACAUCCAGAUAACUGCAUGCUGAACCACCCUUCGCUUGAUCUGAUGACGUCCGGCAGUAUGGACUCGAUGCUGGCGGGAGAAAAGUUCACCAACGACAAGCAGUGCGAGCUGGUGUUUGGCAAUGGAUCAAAAAUCUGCUCCUACAUGCCGCCGUGCGCACGGCUUUGGUGCAGCUGGGAGAACGAGAUGUCCGGCUGCAAAACGCAACACAUGCCCUGGGCGGACGGUACCGAGUGUCAGGAGGGACACUGGUGCCAAAAGGCCAGUGUAUUCAACGAAUGCUCGCGAACAUGCGGUGGCGGCAUACAGGCGCGCACCCGCGAGUGCGACUCGCCCAAGCCAAAAAACGGGGGCAAAUUCUGCACCGGAUUACGCAUCGAGUAUCGGCCCUGUAACACGCAGCCCUGCCCGAGCUGGCGGUACAACUUCCGCGAAGAGCAGUGCCACGAGAUGGACGGCCAGAACUUUGACGUACCUUCGCUGGAGCCGAAUGUACGAUGGACGCCUAAGUAUGGCACACCGGUGGCGGACCAGUGCAAGCUGCUGUGCCGCGUGCAGGACAAGAGUCUGUACUUUAUGCUGAAGGAAAAGGUGAUUGAUGGCACACCGUGCACGUUUCCCGAGGACAGCUUCGAUAUGUGCAUUAAUGGGCAGUGUCGCAAGGCGGGAUGCGAUUAUGUGCUCAAUUCGGACGCCAAGCUCGACCAAUGCGGUGUGUGCAGAGGGGACAACUCUACCUGCCGGCCGGUCACCGGACGCCUUAAUUUAGGCAAGGGUGUCGUACGCAGGGUGUCGUCCGACGGCCCAAUGGAGUUCCGCAUACCGGAAGGAGCCACCAGCAUUAACAUCAUUAACACGGGCUACAUGAAGGAUGCAUGUUAUUUGAGUGUAAUGAGUGGCAACGAAAUCAUCUUUAACGACCCGAAACAUCUCACACCGCACACGAGCAGGCACCGAUUGUUUGCUGGCGUGCGACUAGAAUACACUGUCACCAGUUCCGAAGAACGCAUCACAUCCACCUUUGGGCGACCGCUCAAGGAAAAGCUAACGGUGCGAGUUAUCCAAAAAAAGCACGUCGAGCUACACAAAGGCUUCGUAGACUACAGCUACAUGGUUCCAGUACACCCGUUCGGAAAUACGCUCUCCAACGCGAUAUACUCGAAAGUCGAACCUGAUCCCUACGAUCAUCCUCACCAUACGCAUCAUUCGCACUACAGUGGCAACAGUGUCCACCGGUUGCAGCCCACGGUUGCGCCGACGCCAGAAUCACCCUACCGAUGGGAGUUGGCGCCGUGGACGGAGUGCGACCAGCAGUGCACGGGUAAGAAGCGUCGUACGGCCAUCUGUGUCGACGCCGAGGCGCAGCAGCAAGUGUCGCCGGACUAUUGCAACCAAUCGGUCAAACCGCAGGACGAGUUCGAGUCAUGCAACACGGAAUGUCAUUUCUACUGGGAGCCCGGCCGUACGGAAUGUUCCAGUGCGUGCGGCGAGGGCACCAAGAAGAUCGAGUACAAAUGCGUCCGAUCGUACUCGCAGACGCAACGCAAGGAACACGUGGACGAUGCAAUGUGCUACGGCUCGACGAAACCGGUCAACAUCCGGGAAACGUGCAUGGGUCCCUGCAUGAACGCGACCUGGCUGUACUCGCAAUGGAAUAAGGUUACAAGCAAGCUCUACUACCACCCGGCGCACUGUCAUGCUUUAUUCUAA